UUCAAACUUUCCCAAUACCCGAAUCAAUGGCUUCUCUUAUUCGAACGGGAUUUCGAAGAACAUGUAUCUGUUCCUCAUCGCAAAUUGGAACCCUAAGAUCAAAAAACGCACUUUCCUCCAUCUCGCGUUUGGGGAACACUACUUUUGCGUCCCAACCACAACCUCUGACCAAAUCGCCUUUCCAUUCCAACAUGCUACGAAUACUCCGAAACGAAAUCGUGUACCAAUACGAGUACGCUCCUCCACACCAGCCCGAGGCUGAAUUCAAAUCGUUUACGGUUGAGGAGCGACGUGGGGAGCAAGUGGUUACGAUAAAGGGCAAGUUUGGGGAAUGUGAGGAUAUUAAAAUUGAGGCUACCAUGUUUGAUGGGUGUGAACAUGUUCCUGCAUGUGAUGAUUUCAGUUCUGGGGUGAAUGUGCGUCUUCACCUUAGUUUAAUUGUGGAUAUAUCAAAGGGGGAAGGUGGCAGUGAGUUAGAGUUUGUGUGCUCUGCGUGGCCGGAUUGUUUGAAUGUUGAAAAAGUUUACAUGUUAAGGCGGGGCUGUAUGCCGGCUAGGCCUUACAUUGGACCUAACUUCAGGGACCUGAAUGCUAAAGUUCAAGAAAAGUUUUAUGACUACUUGGACGCAAGGGGAGUGAAUGAUGAGCUUGCGGAUUUCUUGCACAAAUAUAUGAUGAACAAGGAUAGAAUUGAGCUUCUGCGUUGGAUGGGUAGUCUCAAGUCUUUUGUGGAAAGAUAGAGAUUGAUAAGCUUGGUGUUUGGUAAUUAAGAAUUGAUAUUAACACUGAGUUUUGACGUUGUAGGGAUUAGUUUCUCUAGCAGCCAAUCUGAUUUGUAUUAUUUGGUAUUGAUUAUUUAUUUGAUUUGAACAAACCAAUGUUGAGCAUUAUUAGGCAAGGGUUAAUAAUGGACACUCUGUUUCCUUUUGUGGUUAUAUGAUAAAUGAAUGAUGAAAGAUAGAGUUGAAUUUA